CGCUUGCUGAUAUAUAGUACUAUCCAAAUCUAUAUAUAUAUAUAUAUUUUCUAUCUAAGAUGCAGCAGGAAAUCGUUGAACGUUGCUUGCCACAGCUGCUGCAACAUCUUCUCGAAUGCGACGAGCAGCAGAAACAUGUCGACUACGAUGAUUGUCUGAAAUACGCCACAGUUUGCAUAGCAAAUCACAAUGAAUCGGCGGAUACAUACGAGAGUGUUGAGGAGAAUCUGACGAACUUUAUUGAACGAUUUCAUUUGGAAUGUCUCGGGGAACUAGGAGACACAGUGAAGCUGCUGAGUCAGGUGAUACUCGACGAUCAGCAAUUGCUGGAGGAGCACAAAUGGAGUGUGCUGGAUUUUAUGCUCUCGGUGAACUUUCGUGCCUUCAACACGGCACGAAUGUAUCUCAAAGAUCUCAUGGCUUGUCGCCAGCAGUUGCUUCGGUCCCUCGACUGGGCUUACAGCUAUAAGAAGAAAGCCAGGUUCAAGGCUGAGCAGCAACAAGGGGAAAUGCUGCAGAAGCGUUCAUUCGAUCUCGACAGCGAAUUGGAUAGCAUUGGAGACAAUUCCUUGUCAGCAGCCACAAAUCAAUCCUCGGUGGAUUUAUCGUUGGAUUUAUCAUUGCUUUCCUCACACGAAUCCAGCGCAGUGAGUCCACAACAAGAGGCAGCUAAAGAUCAAGCUGAGCUGGAGCAGGCGCGGCAGAGAUAUUCUCUAGCUCUCAGUCAGCUGCAGGAGCAACAACAACAACCGAAAGCCAGCAACGAAGAGCCACCCAAUGAAGCGCGUCCUGUGGCCGCUUUUGCUGUGUCCUUUGGCAACUACUUGCAUCAGCCACUGCAAGAUGUGCAACAGGCAGUGCAACAAUACGGCGAGGAAGGAUUUCUGCUGCGCGAGGUGCUCGCCAUGUUCUUUCAGCCACGCAGCUGUCGCUACUUCGAGGUGAACAAUCAACUGUUGCAACUGCGUUCCAAUGCGGCCCAACAGAAGCUGCUCUCGAAGUUUCUCGCACCGUUGCAGCACAUGCAACUGCUGCAGCUUUUUAUCGAUUGCUAUCAGCGACACUUGGAGACGUUGUCCAGCUUAACUGCGGCCUUGCGGCGUCUGCUCAAACCCGUCGUGGAGACUCUCACCUAUUUUGAGCAACGCGUGGCCAUCGAUCCAAAGCAGGCCACAUUACGUUGCCUGCUGCGUGCCAUGCGGCCGAGCUUGCCACGUCUGCAGCUGCUAUGGAGUUUGGCCGUUGGCAGCUACGCGUUGCCGCCGCAACAGCAACUCGGCAUCGCUGCGCACUAUCGCAGCCAAUACAUUGUCUACAAUCUGCUGCAACUUGCCGCGUUGCCCGCACAUCUGGAUACCGAGGGGCGACGUGGCAGCGCAGCGGCCUUGCUGUUGCAUGUGCUGCAAGUGUAUUGCCAGUUUUUGGAUAGCUGGUGGUUGCUGGGCGACUUUCAGGACUGGCACGCAGAGUUUCCCGCACAGCAGCAACUCAUCGAUGGACGCACACAGUACGUGAUGCGUCCUCUGGAGGGUGAAGAUGCCUCAGAGCUCUCUCAAUCUCCCAUCUAUCAGAUCAUUGAGCGGCACAUUGUGUGCGCAGGCAAAUCUUUGGCUGUCCUCCACGAUGCCAAUCGUCUGGGACACUUUGUGGGCGUGCAUCGUGCACUGCUGAAGAAAUCACUGUAUCACAUGCUGAUCAAGACGCUGCUGCUUCAGCUGAAACCGUAUCAGCAGGAGCCGCUGAAGAAGCAGCCCAAGGCGCCGGACAUCUUUCGCCAGCUACGUGCCACCGACAACGAGCAGCUGCGUGGCAUGUACUAUGCUUACUACAAGGAAUCACAGGUGGACUUUAAGCUGCCCCACAUUUGCACCAUCGACGAGUUGCUGAAGCAGUGCUUAAGUUGUGUCAGCUAUGCGCCGUUGCAUGAACUCAUCUGCCGCUCGUUGGAUCGUGUGCUGGAGCCAAGAGUAUUGCUUGUGAAUUCAUUUGUGGUGCAUUUGCUACGCGAUCAGCUGCAGUUGCAACAAGUGUUGAAGGAGUUGAGGCGCGUUUAUUUACUGCUCGAUUUUGAUGAAUUUGCUGAGCAACUUGAGCUGGCACUGCAUCAACUGGAACAAGGUUUUACUGCACUGGCCAGACAGCAGUUGCAACAAAUGCUCGAUCAGCACAACACGCGUGUGGCAUACCCCUUCAGUGUGGCACUCCCAAGUGCGGAUCUCGAUCAACUGUCGCUGCUCUACAGCUGCGAUGCAACACUCGAUUGCAUCAUCUAUGCUUCACAACUCGAUCUGUACAAUAUCGCUUAUCGCAGGCAGUUGCAGUUGCAUGUGGCCAUACGCAAGUUGCAACAGCUGCCGACGCUCAAUUUCACUGGCACUCUGCAGAGUUGUAAAGCCAAUUUAGAGCUAGCUUUGCGCCAGCAACUGAAGCUUCCGCAAUUGCAGCAAGCGGCAGUCGAAUGCGAUGCCCAGUUGGAGCUAAGUGUAAGCUUGCCACAGCUGCAGCUGGCGCACAAUACGUUCGUGCAACAGAUGUGCUGCAUUCUGCUGAUCGACAACGAUGACGAAGAGCUGCUGCAGGAGCUUCUUAUGCUGGCCAACAUUCUGGCCAAGCAUUGGCUACGCUUGCAACGCGUUUUUGCCACACCAACUGAAGCGAGCAGCUGCAGCUGCAACGCUGAUGAUUUCGCUGACUUUGAUGCACAGUUUGACGAGUUGAAAAUCGAUUAUUUGCUGUCCGUUAACAAAUUGAGCGAUGCCAUGCAAUGCCUUCUCGACUGACCAGCGAUGGCGUUCAAAUAUAUAUGAUAAAUUGUUCCAAUUGGUUUUCGCCCCCUGUUUUCACCGUUCCUAAUAAACAAUUUUCAUUUCAAUUUGUUCGCUAACAAACAACAACAACAAUAAACUGAAGACAACUGCCCCAAAUAA